AUGGCUUUCGAACGCGCAAGGAAGUUCUACCGCUCCUGUUUACUACAGAUUAUCCUUGUUGGACUGGUCGCAUUUUGUGAGCCUGGGAUCUGGACUGCGCUCAAUAAUCUCGGCGCUGGAGGAAAUGCCAAACCCUUCCUGAAUAAUGCCGCCAAUGCCUUGACGUAUGGACUUAUGUCAAUAGGCUGUUUCCUUGCUGGUGGUGUUAGCAACAAGAUCACUGCCAAAUGGACUCUGUUCAUCGGAGCGGCGUUCUACACUCCCUAUGCAGCUGGUCUAUACUGCAACAACCGAUACGGCAACGAAUGGUUCCUGCUUCUCGGCGCCGCGCUUUGCGGAAUCGGCGCAUCUCUUCUCUGGGCAAGUGAGGCGGCAAUUGCAGUUGGAUACCCCGAAGAAGAGAAGAGGGGACGAUACGUCGGAAUCUGGAUGGGUAUCCGACAGAUGGGGCCCCUGGUCGGCGGUGCAAUCUCCCUCGCUCUUAACGUUGGCACCUCGCAUACCGGCAAGGUGACUUACACCACUUACCUAGGCCUAGUGGCUAUCUCUGCCCUGGGAGCUCCGUUCGCGCUGUUACUGUCCCAGCCUCAAGAUGUUAUCAGAAGCGACGGGUCUAAGAUCCCUUAUAUGAAGAAGACGAGCUUCGCCAUUGAAGCGCGCGCUAUCUGGAAGCAGCUGCGCAAUAAGUACAUGCUGCUACUUAUCCCGAUUUUCCUGGCUGGACAGUUCGGCUCCACUUACCAGGGUAACUACUUGACGACCUACUUCACCGUCCGCUCCAGAGCCCUUGCAUCAUUCCUGACGGCCGUGGUCGGUGCCUUAGCAAACGUGACCACGGGUCUAAUUCUGGAUUUGAAGUGCAUUUCGCGAGAGAACAGGUCUAAGGGCGUAUACAUCUUCGUUCUCAUAUUCGUCACGGCAGCCUGGACAUGGAACGCCAUUGUCGAGACCAAGCUCUCUAAAAUGGCCGAACCACCAGCAUUUGACCUUGGCGAUGGACCUUUCUUCAACUCCGCCUUCACCGUCUACAUGGUCUUCAAGUUCUUCUACGAGGUUUUGCAGACCUAUAUCUACUGGCUAAUGGCGGAAAUCAAGGGCGCACAGGCCGAUGGUGACAUCGCGAGAACUACUGGUAUUUUGAGAUCGUGGGAGUCGAUCGGCAGUACGAUUGCUUAUGCUGUGGGUGCUACCCAUUGGCCGAAUCUGAACCAGAUGAUUCUGGGUUUCGCCUUGUGGGGGUUCACGAUUCCUUUCACGCUACUGGCGGUGUUUGGCGAUUGGAACCAGCCGGUCGCUGUUGAGGCAGAUGACCAGACAGAUAGUAGUAGCUUGGAGGCACAAAGGGUGGUUGUCAAUUCUGAUGGAAAGGAUUGA